AUGCAAGACGUUCACAAGCGUGAACCUGACCUUCGAGAUAAUAACUCGGAAGCCGCUAACAAGAGCAAAGAUCCGGCCAAGUCGAUUGUAGAAAACACGAAUGAUACCCAAGAUCUCCGCAGAGUGAUCCCGGAAAAGGACAAAGAGAUGGCCAAAAAACUGAAGGAGCAGGUCGAUCGAAGAGUUGGGCAAGGCGUUGAUCCUCCUACGGCAGGAACCAAGUUGAAUGAACGUGAUCGGCAAGACCGCUAA